AUGGCUUCAGGCAAAAAGGGGAAAAAGAAUAAAGGGAAAACGCUGGCGUUGAGCGACUUCCUCCAGGAAACGCCCGGACCCGUGGCUACCAUGCCCAUAAGGAAAUCCACGAUGAAUUGGGCCGACGAAGUGGAGGAUAAUCAUGAUGUGUAUGACCCACGGUCUGCCAAAGCAAGUGUUGUCCUACCCACGGCGCCGAAAGCGUCAAGGGACUUUGAUGACAUUAUCGACAAAGUUCCACAGGACCCCCCAUAUAUUGCAUAUUUGACGAAUUUGCCAUAUGAUGUCGAUGAGGAUGAAAUUGCCGCGUUUUUCAAGAACUUGAAGAUUUCUCACAUGCGAAUCCCUAAAGAUGAAAGGCCCGGCGAAGCGCCCCGAUUAAAAGGCUUCGGUUACGUAGAAUUCGAAGAUAGAGAAAGUUUAUUAAAUGCUUUGGUUAUUCCCGAUACUACGAUCAAGAACAGACGGAUACGAAUCGACGUCGCUUCAGACUACGACAAUGACAAAAGACGUUCAGGUCGUAUGGACAUGAACCGGGAUCGCAGUGGUAGAAGUGACAUGUCAUCGUUUGGAGACUGGAGGUCGGGUCCGAGACAAGAAAACACAGACAUGGAACGAAGAGGAUUCAGCAGAGACAGAGAACGUGAUGACAGUUCGGGCGCUUGGCGCGAGGGCAGGAGUAGCCGUGAGCCGGAGCGAGGGGGGGGAUUCACUCGGUCGGACCGUUUCAGAGAAGAGCGCGAUCAAGAUUUCAGUCGUUCUCGAGACGAUAAGAACUUCAUGAGACGAGAUUACGGCGACAGGGGCAGCAGAAAUGGUGGUGGUUUUACGCGAGGUCCCCCUCCACCAAGGGAAGAAGAAACGCCGAAUGAACCGCGACAAAGACCGAAACUAGUUUUAAUUCCUCGAACAAAACCGGUGGAAAAUGAACCGGAGAAAGCAGUUUCACAUGCGGCGAUUUUUGGUAACGCUAAACCGGUAGAUACCAGCGCGAGGGAACGACAAAUUGAAGAAAGAUUGGCCAAGGAUAGUGAAGUGGCGCCGCCACGCAGAGAUGUGAGCAAGGAAAGGAAAGAAGAUAGGGAAAAUGUGGGGCAGAAGGAGAAAAGGGAAAAGGCACCAGAGACGGAAAAGAAAAUUGUGGAGAAAGAAAAGACUCCAUCUCAUAAAGAAAAGUCUGAUCUUAAUGGGGUUAUAGAUAAAAGUCAACAGCAAAAACGAAAUGGAGAUCAUGAAAAAAAGGAUGCUGUCAAGAUUGAUAGCGAUAAACAUAAACCAGAAACAAAAAAACGUGAGGAGAAAAAGGAGAAAAUUGAAAAAGAAAUGCCCAAAUUAAAGAAAGCUGAUCCUCCGAAUUUUGUUGCAAGUAAUAAAUUCGCCUAUUUGCAAACUGAGGAUAGCUCAGAUUAAUUGAUUUGUAAAAAUUCACCCAAAUAGUAAAGGUUUCUUUAUUACCCAUGUUAUUAUUUUUUUAAUCUUCAAUGAUGUGGUGUCUGAAAAUUACAUUUAUACAUAAUAUACAAAAUAAUAAUUAUUUAAAAGUGAAAA